AUGUCUAUUCCCAAGCGGGGACCGAGCCGCCACACGCCUCCCACUACGGCCGACUGGCCCCCGGCUCGCCGGCGCCGUGCUCCCCGGCCAGCGGCCCUGAACUCGAGCCGGCGACCGCCGCUGAUGGUGCCGGUAGCGCUCGACGGUCAGAAGGUCGAGAUGGAGCUGGACACCGGGGCGACUCUGUCGGUCUGCUCUGACGCCGGGUUUCGGCAGCUCUGGCCCUGUGGAGGGCCGAAGCUGGAACCGUGUUCGGUGAAGCUGAAGACCUACAGCGUGACUGCGGAGACCCGUGUGCAGCCCAUCCUGGACGAGUUCGCUGACGUCUUCAAGGAGGAGCUGGGCUGCUAUCGAGGCGGGGAAGUCGGCAUCGACGUAGACCCGGACGUCCAGCCUCGUUUCUUCAAGCCUCGCACCGUACCGCUGGCCUUCAGAGUGACACCGAUACCUGCUCCUGAUCCGGUCACGGAGAGCGCCGCUGCAUCUGCACGGCAUGCUCCCGUUCCCGGACAACUGGCCUCCACUCCCGACCGGCUGCCGGCUCCUGAUCGAGCGCCUGCUCCUGGCCGGCCGCCUGUUCCGGCGCCGCCAGGGCUGACCGGAGCGGUGCCCGCGCCGGGUGUGACCACCGUCCCGCCGUCCGCACCCUCUCCCAGCGCGCCGCGGUACCGGCUGAGAGACCGGUCCACCCUGCGGCCCCCAGACCGAUACGUGGCGAGCUAUGAGUAGGCGUUUUGUUUCAGUUGUUAUUUGUUCUGUGAGGUGCAUAUUUAUUUGUUUGUCCAUGCUGUGCAAGUACUCGGGGUGGAGGAGUGUCAUGGAGCUGAGCUGGCGGCCGCCGCGCCGGUGCACGCGUACUUGCGCUCGUGACAUGCGCUCAUGACACUCGUAUGUGAACCGUGGUGGCGUUGCCUCUGUGACCCGGGGGCUACCUGGCCGGCUCGAAUACAGUUU